AGAAUUUCAGCGACUCGCUGUGAAGAGCUAUAUGAACAUCGCGAAGCAGCACUAGUUGAACCGAUCGUCGACAUCCAGUCCACAGCGAGAGCAGCAGAACCUGUGAAUCGGCCAUGGAAGACUCUGGAAGCAACAGAAGAAAGCGGAAUCCGAUGUUGCCUGCUCUGAUCAUCGACAAUAUUAUUACUAGUAGGGCUUCUGGAUCCGAAUACGAGAGCGAAUGCGAAACCGAGUCCGAGUCCGAAACCGAAACCGAACUAGGGCACAGCCGAAAAUGAUGCAAAGAUCAAGGCAAAAGAAAAAGAAAAAGGGAUGUACAGUCGGGAUUAUAAAAAGCCAGCUGUCUUCGGAUUGCACAUUCUACUCGCCCACAUCAAAUACAAUGCCUGAUUUCGACACAACAAAUUGCACCGCGGUCACCCCCGAGUGUCCUGUCUCCGCAACAACAUAUGGGUACAUCCCGAAUCUAUCGGCAAAUGCCGCCCUUGCUGCAAUAUUUGGCAUCUGCGGAGUCUACCACAUUGUCGUCGGCCUGAAAGCCCGCAGCUGGACGUUCGGGAUCGCCCUUGCAGUCGGAUCACUGAUGGAGAUGAUUGGAUAUGCGUUCCGAAUUGGAAUGCAUAAUAAUGUCUGGAACAGUGAUGCCUUCCAAAAACAGAUUGUGUGCUUGAUUCUUGCGCCGUCCUUUGUUGCAGCAGGGAUCUACUGGUCGCUAAAGCAUAUUGUGCUGUAUGUUGGCCCUGAAUCUUCAAGGCUCCGGCCCAACCUCUACCCCUGGGUAUUCAUCGGGUGCGAUAUUGGGUCGAUUAUUCUUCAGGCCGCGGGCGGUGGUGUUGCAGGCGCGGCAGGGGAUGGGAAGCCGGACUUGCUGAAUACGGGAAACAGUAUCAUGAUUGCAGGAAUCGCAUUUCAAAUUGGGACAAUGGCAAUCUGCGGUGUUCUGGCCGUUGAUUUCGUGUAUAGAGCUCGGCGGAACAAGGCGAGUGGGGAGAAAUGGGGUGCCGGAGGGGGUGGAAGAGGAGGCUUCUAUCUCUUUUGUGCAGCGGAGGUCUGGGCCUAUGUGACUGUUCUGAUUCGGUGCAUCUACAGACUGCCAGAAAUGGCGGGUGGCUGGGGCAAUCCGCUCAUGCAAAACGAGCUGGAAUUCCUUCUGCUAGAUGGGAUGAUGGUUGCGCUGGCCGUCGUAGGGCUCACGGUGUUUCACCCUUUCUGGUCAUGUCGGUUCAUUAUAAAGAACGCUGCUUGAUUGAGAAAGAGUACUAUUAUCGUUAUAAACGAAAUUUACAUUUUUCUCCAUCGCAGAUAUCUUGUUUUAUACGCGGGUGUUUUAUAUUGCAUACUGACUUCGGUCCUGGAAUUUCUUUUUUCUGCUUAUAUAUAGAUCUGCC